CUGACUCCCCCCAGCCAGUCAUUUUGCAGAGGCCCAAGUUCAGAGUGAUGGCACAAGAAAACGAUGACAACAGAGAUUUUCCUGGUGGAGAGCUGUUUGCUGAAAUAAGUCAUGGCUCAUCUUCGUUUUGUGCUGGGGUAGAAACAGAUGCUAUGGAUUCCGAUCAGGGGCCUGUGACCUUUGAGGAAGUGGCUGUGCAUUUCACGGAGGGGGAGUGGGGCCUGCUGGACCCAGACCAGAGAGCCCUCUACAGGGACGUCAUGGUGGAGAACUAUGGGAACGUCGCCUCUCUGGAAGGGCCUCCGCUUCCUAAACCUGAACUCAUCUCCUGGUUGGAAGAAAAGGAAGAGAUAUUUGACCAGAGCUCUGAAGAAGGAGGACAACCAACAGUGGCCAAUCUCUGGGGGAGCGAACACAGCGGGGGACUGGCUGAAGUGGCUCCGAAAGGAGGCGAGAGGGAAGAGGCGAAGGAAAACGUUGGAAAUGGAAGAGGAGCCGAGACACCUGAGGAAAAUCCACUGAGAGAUGUGUGGCAGAAGGAACCGGCCGAUAGCGUGACUGGGACAUCCCUCAGCAUAGAGGACUCUCAAGAGGAAGGCCUUUUGUUGGGAGAGCCAACCGAGGCACAACCAGGAGGAUCCCAAGAGGGCAUUUCUUUUGUGACUGAAGCUGCAGAGAGUGAUGGCUGGGAGAGCGAGAGUGAAUGGGAACCAUAUGGAGUGUUGUCGGAAGAUACAGAGGAUGAAGAUAAUUUGGGAGAUCAAGGAGGACUAGAGGAAAAUGGGGACGAUCAAACAGAAGAAGACUGGCGGGAUAAACCCAAUUGCCAGGGCAGCGACUUCAAUGGGUUGCCAGCUCCGGCAAAAGUUUACAAAGGCAAGAGAAAAAAUCAGUGCAAGGUUUGCGGGAAGAGCUUCACACGCAAGGCAAGUCUUAAGGUGCAUCAGAGAAUCCACACGGGGGAGAAGCCCUACAAGUGCACCGUCUGCAGCAAAGGCUUUUGCGACAAAACCAGCUUUCUUAGACACCAGAGAAUCCACACGGGCGAGAAGCCGUACAAAUGCCCGGAGUGUGGGAAGAGCUUUAACCGGACCACAAAUCUUAUUACGCAUCAAAAGACUCACGUGGAAACCAGGGAAAAGACGUUCCACUGCUCGAGCUGCAGCAAGAGCUUUUACAACAAGUACAGCCUCAAGACUCACUGGCGCAGCCACACGGGGGAAAAGCCCUACAAGUGCUCCAGCUGCAGCAAGAGCUUCUGCGACAAGUCGAACCUGGAGGCCCACUGGCGGGUGCACACAGGCGAGAGACCCUUCGAGUGCACGGAAUGCGGGAAGAGCUUCAGCGAUCGCAGGACCCUCCUCCGACAUCAGAGAAUCCACACCGGGGAGAAGCCCUACAAAUGCACGGAAUGCGGGAAGAGCUUCAACGAUCUGGCCACGCUGCUCCGGCACCAGAAGAUCCACACGGGCGAGAAGCCGUAUCGGUGCACCGAGUGCGGGAAGAGCUUCAACCAGAGCUCUCACCUCAUCCGCCACCAGAACACGCACGACGCCCAGCGCCACAAAGGCCGGUCGCGCAAGGCCAAGGCUGCGGUCGGAGCCAACAUAUUUUUGGACAUCACUCAGAGCUUUACCCCAGAGAGCAUCGGCUUCACGCAAGAGAACUAUUAUGGAUACACUCACCCUGCGGAAACUUUUCACUGGCCCAUUACGUCUUACGCACCCUCGGCGGACGCCAGAGAAGGAGGGGUGCCCAACCUGUGGACAAUCGAGGAGACUUCCGUCGGAGAUCAAGCCAUCCUAGUCAUGAAAGAGUUAACCGAGGACAGGACCUUGGCACUGUGAAUGAUGCUCAGAGUAGGGAAGGAGCGUCAUCCAGGGUUACAGCCAUCAAGUAAGAUUGUACGGUCAAGCAAGAAAGCCAUGCUUUAGACAUUCUUGAAAAUAAGCAUGUUUCAAGGCAGAGAUGUAUCGAUCCAAGAUCUGACUGGCAGGAGUUCCGUUUGGAUCUUUAGGCAAAGGAUCUUCAGCAAGGGAGAUCCGGCUCUGCAGGGAAGAUUCCUCGCAUUUCACAGCUAUGCCCACUUCCUGCUUGACUUAGAGGAGAGAUGUAUAAUUAUUGAACAGGGAACAGGGAUUCUCAAAUAUUACAUUU